AAUGUAUGUAAUCUGUAAACAAAUGGCCGCUGUUGCAGUGGAUUGCGAUCCUCCCACGUUGUGAUAAGGAAUCCUCACUUCCUUCAGUACUUCAGAUUAUUUGAAAGUACAGUACACGCUUAAUGUGUUUUCAAGCUGAAAAUCACUCGCAGCUUGGUUGAGGCAGUAUGCAAAGGUCACUGGAGCAGGCGCCCAAAAGAGAAAUCUAUGAAAACUCAAUUCCUUGGAACAAAGUGCAGGUGCACAGCAGCCACCGUGUGUUGUCACUAAGAGUUUAGAGGCGUUUUGUAACUAGACGCGUCCAUGGAUCCCGACCGGCUGAUGAAGUCCAUGAUGGGGGGCUUCCUGCGGGGCCAAUUCCCGGGGGUGGCGGAAGUUGAGGACAGUUAUGUUUCCCCGAGCCCAGAGCAGGAGGAGUUUUUCGAUUCGAUCGAAGAGAUUGACAUCGAGGAUAUUCGCCGGCUGUUGAAGACGGGCAAAGUGGACAUCGCAAAAAGGAACAGCGACGGGUGGACGGGCCUCCACUUGGUUUGCCUGAAGGGACUGACCGACAUCGCACGGCUGCUCAUUGCCGCCGGUGCUCCCGUCGACUCCAAAACGGUGCCCUUUCAAGAGACGCCUCUCCAUCUAGCCGCGGGGUAUGGCCAUUACGACAUUGUGGUCAUGCUUCUCGAGAAGGGCGCCAGCAUCUUUGCGCAUGAUUCGAAGGGGCAGUCGGUGCUGCAGUGCACGGAGAAACGCAGGCCCUGGAUCAAGGAGGAGAGGAUGGAAAAAGUGCGGACGCUACUCAAGGAGAAGGCGAGUGAGGCAAAGCCCCUGGAGAAGGUGAAGCGAAGGGAAGACGGAUGCGGGAUGUGUGGCAAGAAGGACGGGGCGCUGAAGCAGUGUGCGCGCUGCAAGCUGCAGUGGUACUGCAGCCCAGAGUGCCAGAAGGGGGACUGGAAGCUGCACAAACCCAGGUGCUCUCAGGCGAAGGACAUAUGGGAGGCUAUUGCUGUGCUCGGGGACACGUCAGCAAGCAACCAUGUGCGCGAUAGUGCCAUUGAAAAGCUGCGCGCGCAGAAGGACUUUAUCAGGAAGAUGAAGUGCCUCAAGGCGGUGCUGGACAUUGUGACGCGAGACAAGGAGAUCCAUUCUGGUGCGUUCAACAUGGCCCACCCCGGCCUAUAUCCCCUGCUCCCGUCGUUAGCGGCGCUGAGUAAGCUGACGUUGAACGAGCGUGACGUGGGCGGGCGGCGCGUGAUCGAACUGACGGAAGACAAGGAGCUAAUGACGCAACUCAUGGACCUGAACGGGAUUGAGAUCAUUUUGAAGCGCGUCUUGAAGGGCGACCUGUCCGAACGGAUGCAGAACGAGGGGUUCCGCUUUAUGGCGAGUCCCUUUGGGGUCAGUCCCUUUGCGCCGUGGCUCGCCCGGCGGUUUCUCGGUCGCGGGGUGGGGCCGAACCUCGUGGAGAUGCUGGCGCCAGCUGUGAGGACGACACGUGUCGCCAAGGCGCAGUCCGCGGCCAUCAUCGGACGGCUGGUGAUGGAGGAGGGGAACCUGCUGCAGAAGGCGGGAAAGGCCAGUACCACAUUCGGUCCUUGCACGGAGGCUAUGUUCCGGACGACGGACUUGCACCAUUUGGCAAAGGCGGCGCGGGGCGACGAUGACGUCAUGGAAGGCGAGGGCGCCUUCCAGGGCUCGCUGACGUUCUUUGCGGCCAUCACGCGUAAGCGGAACGAGGUGCUGGAGCGGCUCAUCAAGGAGCGCCGAGAGACGGCGUUUGUGAUUGUAGACGCGUAUGCAAAGGCCCUCUUCUACCCGGGGCAAGGCGCAUGGGCCGUCGCGCUCGAGUUCUUUGCGCGCGCGCUCGAGAACGUCCCGGGCUUCGCGGGCGGCAUCCUCGCUGACGUCAUGCUGGCGUGGGACCCCGAGCUGCCGGAGCCGCGCGACGAGAACGAGAUCGGGCAGACGCGCCUCGGCUUCUGUUACCGGGUGACCGAGACGCUCGACAUCGAUCUGCGGGACCAGUACCCGGAGAAGUGCGAGGAGUUCCGGGAGUCGUUGGGUGGUGACGUCAUCAACAACUGGGAGAACGCGGCUCUGGUCUGCUAUGAGCUGGUUCAGCACUGCCCCCCGUUGCGCGAGUAUUGGGAUCUGAAUUGUAUGUUCGGCUGCCGAGAACAUAACCCAAAUCUCAAAGUUCAAGACAUCAUGGAAAAGGCGGAGUCCAUUCGAUACCUUCAGCUCAAGGAACAAGUAAGGGCCGAGAAGGCGACUCGCGCGGGGAGCAGAAAGAAGAAAUGAUAAGCGCCUGAUUGCACUCCGUGGGCCGCUCAAUGUACAUAGAAGGAGUGAUUGUGGUAAAGGUGCUGCUGAAGGGCUUUGUAAUCAUAAAUUUAUAUGGUCAUGUUUUCUUAGUGAACAGCUUAAGACUGUGUCCCUCGCGAGUCCAUUCAUGGACGGUCUUCUUAUUUAGUGCCGCCCGAAAGGAAAACAAAAUGCUAUGUGAUGCCAGCA